AGUUGCGUUGCGGCCGUUCAGCUUCUGUCUUCUCCCUCAUCUCUCCAGGUGGGUGAGAGAUGGGCGACUGGAGCUUACUGGGGCACAUCCUGGAGGAGGUGAACGAGCACUCCACCGUCAUCGGCAGAGUGUGGCUCACCGUGCUGUUCAUCUUCCGGAUCCUCAUCCUCGGCACGGCCGCGGAGUUCGUGUGGGGCGACGAGCAGUCCGACUUCGUGUGCAACACCCAGCAGCCUGGCUGCGAGAACGUCUGCUACGACGAGGCGUUCCCCAUCUCCCACAUCCGCCUGUGGGUGCUGCAGAUCAUCUUCGUGUCCACCCCGUCCCUGAUGUACUUGGGCCACGCGGUGCACCACGUGCGCAUGGAGGAGAAGCGCAGGGGCCGCGAGGCGGAGCAGCUGGGCCCGCAGGCGGGGACGGGCGGCGAGCGGGGGCCGCUGGGCGCGGACCAGGGCGGCGGCGGCAAAGGUGCCAAGAAGUUCCGGCUGGAGGGGACCCUGCUGAGGACCUACAUCUGCCACAUCAUCUUCAAGACCCUCUUCGAAGUGGGCUUCGUCGUGGGCCACUACUUCCUGUACGGGUUCCGCAUCCUGCCUCUGUAUCGCUGCAGCCGCUGGCCCUGCCCCAACGUGGUGGACUGCUUCGUGUCCCGGCCCACGGAGAAAACCAUCUUCAUCCUGUUCAUGCUGUCUGUGGCCUCCGUGUCCCUCUUCCUCAACGUGAUGGAGUUGGGCCACUUGGGCCUGAAGGGGAUCCGGGCUGCCUUCAAGAGGCCCGUAGAGCCGCCCCUGGGAGAGAUUCCUGAGAAAUCCCUCCACUCCAUUGCUGUCUCCUCCAUCCAGAAAGCCAAGGGGUAUCAGCUCCUAGAAGAAGAGAAAAUCGUUUCCCACUAUUUCCCCUUGACCGAGGUUGGGAUGGUGGAGACCAGCCCAGUCUCUGCCAAGCCUUUCAAUCAGUUCGAGGAGAAGAUCAGCACGGCACCCCUGGGUGACUUGUCCCGGGGCUACCAAGAGACUCUGCCUUCCUACGCUCAGGUGGGGGUGCAGGAAGUGGAGGGCGAGGGGCCGCCUGCAGAGGAGGGAGCCGAACCCGAGGUGGAAGAGAAGCAGGAAGCAGAGAGGGUGACCACAGAGGGGCAGGAGAAGGUGGCAGUGCCAGAGGGGGAGAAAGUAGAGACCCCCGGAGUGGGGAAGGAGGGUGAAAAAGAAGAGCUGCAGUCGGAGGUGGCAAAGCAAGGGCUGCCAGCUGAGAAGACGACUUCGCUCUGUCCAGAGCUGACGACAGAUGAUGCCAGACCCCUGAGCAGGCUGAGCAAAGCCAGCAGCCGAGCCAGGUCAGACGAUCUAACUGUAUGAAGUGACGCCAAAAAAAAAAAAAAAAAAAAAAAAACGCCCAGGCUUACAUAAGGCAAGAUGAAAGGAAAAUGUGCCAACACGAUCUGAGUCUUCUGCCUCCUGCCUUCGCCCCUGAUUGGACAGGCAGUGCAGCAGGGCGGUGUAUGCCAGGCAACUAGGAAACAGCCUUUCCCACAUCCAGCAUAAGGGCUACCAAGAUAAACCCAUGGACCACUAAAGUUCCCAGUCUCAUAGGACUGCCCCCUUCCUCCAACCCCAACAGCUGUGGGGGACUCUUCUUUCAUGCCCAUUUCUCCAUAGAAACCCUUACAUCAGAAUUGGGGUUGCCUCAUAGCCUUUUACCAGUCUUGUCUCAAGCUCACUAACUCAGCCAGAAUCUAUCAUCCCAGCAUUUCUGAAGCAGAUAUCAUAUGACCCUAUUUUGGGGAUCCCAGCUCAAAAGUCUGCAGAAUACAGACAGGUAAUGAACGUAAGAUACAAGGCGGCCCUGUUCUAAUGCAAGGGAGAGAAUGGGGCUGUGAAAGCUGGAAAGCAGGAGAAGUUGCUCAUUUCCAGGCAAUAAGUACCAUGAAGUGUUACCUGGUCUUUCCGAUUUCUCAAGGGAAGCCAGAAAUCCAAUAUAUAUAUAUUUUUAAGACAGGCUCUCUGUUGCCCAGGCUGGAGUGCAGUGGCACAGUCUCAGCUCACUGCAGUC